AUGUCACAGUAUUUCCGGAAAACAAAUCACUUCUUGCUGGUUUUGUUGAUGAGAGACUUGUGGAUGUUAGGGACUACACCUCAUCCACUAAUUGUGCCUUUGAUGAUUGUGUCAAGCUCCUUAUCUCCUGUGAUCGCCAAAUACAAAUGCCUAGGUUUUCCACUGGGUCGUAUUCACAGGCAACUCAAGACCAAAGUUUCUCCACAUGGUAGAGUUGGUGCCACUGCUGAUGUCUACACGGCUUCAAUCCUUGAAUACCUAACUACAAAGGUUCUUGACUUGGCUGGAAACGCGAGCAAAGAUCUGAAAGUGAAGAGGAUAACUCCAAGACAUUUGCAGUUGGCGAUCAGAGGAGAUGAGGAGCUUGACACACUCAUCAAAGGAACAAUUGCUGGAGGAGGUGUGAUCCCUCACAUCCACUAGUCUCUCAUCAGCAAAACCACCAAUGAGUGAUUUGUUUCUUAGACAAACGAUAUGGUGUGACUUGCUAGUUAAGUAGCUUAUGGUGUUUGUGUUUCUUUAGUCUUGGAUCGGAGAAGUAGUGUAAGUGCUAAGUCUUAAGAUGCUUCUCUCUAUAUAACAAACUAUCUGAGAAGAAAAAAAGAUAGGAAUGAAAAUACAGACUCA